CAUGUUAAAUGUGUGAACUGUUCUCUGAGAGCCACUUUCUUCUGACAGACAAUUACCCGAAUUAAACUGUGAAGUUUACUGGGUCUCUCUGUCAUUUGGGUUACUUACAUAAGUUUACCUUUUUUUUAUCCCAAGUUUCACAGGAAGGAAAGCCUUCCCUUCUUACAACUGGUAGUUUAUCUUGCUUACAUUAUGCAAGUGCUUUAAUUUUAAUUUUAUUUUUUGUGUGUCAAAGGGCCACUUUCCUUAAUUUAAACUGAUAAACUAUUCAAGAAUGCAGAUUAUCAUCGUGACAGCAAACUCUCUGGGUUUCUGCUGUUUGCAGUGUUCCUUGAACAGGGCUUUAAAGAGGGUGGGGCAUCGGGUGUGGUUGAACCUAAGAGGUUAUGGUUUAAAACACAACCUUCCUCUGUGUGUGUGUGUGUGCACCUCUCCCACUCUUUCUAUCAAGAAUGACAGAAAGGUUAAAAUGUAGUCUGAGGGGUCGAGAUGCUUUGCCUACAUUUUCAGCCAUUAAUGCUUUAAAAUGAGCAGUUGUCUAUAGGGAGAAAAUGAAAGAGGCAGCUCCUGGUUCUCCAGCUACAACAGUUCCUCUGUUUCGUUGGCAUAGGGGCCACAUCAACUUGUGAGCAACACAAAGAAUUGUUACAUUACAACUCUACUAUGUUAGACUAGAUCUGAUUUGAUGUGUUCAUUCAAAGCUUCUGCCCUAGUUCUCUCAUAGCAGGAUGUAGGUACUUUCUUUCUGCCAUCUGAAAGGCUUUCAAGAGUUAAGAAAUGAUCUUUCUGUGCUUUAUGUGCAGAUGACUGGGAGACCUUUUAAAAAGUGAAAACUGCAGUCUCAGAAUCCUGUCAAGGCACCUCAUUAACAUGAAAGGAAAGCACUCUGGAGUGAAGCUUUAGAGUGAAAUACAACACUAAGUCAACUGUAUGCAUAAUGAUAAUACUAUUUAAACAUGAAUGUUCUUUUUUUCUUUUGCUCGUGGUCCUUAUUUUAAACCUACCAGAAAGAGAUAACGGAGAUCAGCAUGGCAGAUUUUGGAGAGAUUCUCAGGAACAUUGGAGAGUUUGGAUUAUUCCAGCAGCUCUGUCUGGUUGCACUUUGCAUUCCAGUUUUCACAGGCCCUUUCUUUACUGCAAGCUUUGUUUUCAUCCAAGUCGAUCCCGAGCGACACUGUAACACAGACUGGAUCCGCAGGGCUGCUCCUAACCUCACCACAGGUGAGCAGCAGAACCUGACCCUGCCCCGGGAACUGGAUGGGACCUUCAGCAGGUGUCAGAUGUUUGUACCUGUGAACUGGAGCAUCGAUGCCAUCAGGGAGAAAGGACUCAAUGAAACCACAGAGUGUCUGAAUGGAUGGCUGUACGGAAACAUGCUCUAUGAAGCCACCAUAGUCACUGAUUUUGAUCUAGUCUGUGAGCAGGCCAGACUGGUGGGAGUUGUACAAGCAGUGUACAUGGUCGGAGUUUUCCUUGGUUGUCUGAUAUUUGGACCCUCCGCUGAUUUGUUUGGCCGCAAACGUGCAAUUCAAAUCCCAGCAGUCAUAUUAUUUGUGUUUACGGCGACAAUAGUACUUUCCCCCUGGUUUUACUUAUAUCUACUAUUCCAGUUCUGGGUGGGAGUGGGAUUUGCAGGAUUCCAAGUCAACGGUGCAAUACUGUGCACCGAAUGGAUCGGGAUGUCCAAAAGAUCAUGGGGAGCUUGCGUGAGCAUCAUUUUUUAUUCAGUUGGACAGUGCGUCCUGGCUGGUUUAAACUAUGCCAUCAGAGACUGGAGAGGGGUUCAACUAGUUGCAGCAGCAAUACUUGCAGUGGUAUUCAUCUACAUAUGGUUCAUUCCAGAGUCAGCCAGGUGGCUGUUAAACAGAGGCAGGUCAGAAGAAGCUAAGAAGCUCAUUGUCAAAGCAGCAGCCAUUAAUAAACGCCCGAUCGAAGACAACCUACUGGACAAGAUUACGGUGAACAACAAUGUGGACAAAGGAGGCGUGAAAGUCAUUUUCAGAUCACCACUACUCACCAGAUAUUUGUGUGUUGUAGCGAUUUCUAUGUUUUCAUUAACCCUUGCAGUCUUCUCCCUGCAUUUAAAUAUGGCUGACCUUGGCUUCAACAUCUUUGUGACACAGCUUCUUUUCGGUGCUUCUGAAAUGCUAGCCGUUUUACUCUCCAUGUGGGUGCUGCAGACUAUUGGGAGAAAACAUGCAUAUAUUGCAACCCAUCUGAUUGCUGGACUAUGCUUCAUACUUAUUGCAGCUAUUCCCCAAGUACAUACCCAUGCUGUCACAGUUUUAGCUGUCACAGCACGUUUUUUCAUGUUGUGGGCUAUUUCUGUAACAAGUGUCUACAUGCAAGAGUUGUUUCCAACAUCGGUUAGGCAAACAGCCUCAGCUUUGGCACAUGUAUUUGGAAAAUUAGGUGGAAUCCUGGCUCCGCUGUUAAAUAUGUUGAUUGUGUACCACUGGGUCAUACCCAACAUAGUCUUCAGCAGCCUCAUGUUGAUCUGUGGAGUGCUUGGUCUCUUGCUUCCUGAGACCAGAAGACGGGAACUUCCUGACACGGCUGAGGAGGCAGAGAACAACCAAUAGCAAUUAUUUAUAUGCCCCAUCAUCACUGGCAUUUAGAGAAAUGUCUCCUUCAUUCCUUAAUCUUGUUAUUUCUUGAUUUCUUUUUUUUUCUUCAUUUUUUUGUUUGUUUGUUUGUUUUGUUGUUGUUGUUUGCUUCCUCAGGCUUUCAUUUCUGUUUUGUGUUUUGCAGGGAAUUAGUUUGGUAACUAAUUGGGGAGCCUUGUGUUAAUUGUUUAACGAUAGUGUUCAUGCAUUGUGUUUUUAAUGACCAAACAAAGACCAAACCACUGCUGCCACUGGCCAUUUAUUCCUGCCAGGAUAAUCUAAAGUCAGUCAAACACUCAAAUCUGCUCUCACGCCCUGAAGAUAAAAUGAAAAAUGCAAAUUAGCUAGCUCACCACAUGUUAAUCAUGCAACCAACAACAAUUAAAAACAUCGUCACUCCAACAACCCGCAGGGUGCUAAUAUGAAAACAUGAUGACAAAAAACAAUACUUAGAUAUGCAAUUAAAAUAAAUAAUCAACAAAUAAUUCACUCACCAGAGACACAGUGCAUCUCAGCCAUUGACUGCGUCUACUAUGGACAAACCCAUCGUGACGUCACCCAUUGGAUUCUGAACCUCGAAAAUGAAGCCCGAAGUGGGCUGAAAAAAAUCCCAUAAACCAUUGAGACCAAAACAGUUUUUUGAACCAGGCUAUAAACAUGUUUAAUAAUGCUGUAAAGCUGGGCUUUAAAACAUUGGGGUCUGUGGGGAUUGGCCCCAUUUUGAAACCAGCCUCAAGCGGCCGGAUGAACUGCAAUUUUUUGCACUUCCGCAUGGGCUUCAUCGCUCCGCCCCGGAGGUUGCCGCCUGAGCGCAGCGUAACUGUUGCUAUCUCCCCGGGGGGCACGACCCUUGUCAGCAGGGGUGUUGCGUUCAAUGACAAUAAAAAAUAAACUAAAUUUGCAAUUAAUAAAGUAAACAGUCGUUGCGUUUACACGCCUAUAGUUCUCUUUUUCCGGUUAAGACACCCAGAUAAUGCGAUUGGAAUUCGGUUUUCUGUGAGAGGUGGCUAGUGGAAUACCAAACACUAUGGACUCUUUCACGGUUUGUAAACAUCUCAAACACCAUUGUCUGUAAACGGUGGUUAGCAUAUUUCAGUGGGCUGCUUUGGCAACAAGAUUGUUGUAUGCAAAUAUUAUUUAUUAUUUUUUCUUCUUGUCCUCCUUCAUUUGGCAUUAAUUAAGUUGUUGUGAAGUGGU